GACUACAAUCACCGCCCGAUAAGCACUCGAAGACGCUGGAGUGCGUCGUAUGUUUCGACGACGUCCCAUCGAAGCAGAUGGCCAAAUUGAAGUGCGGGCACCGGAUGUGCAAGUCGUGCCUCAAGCGCAGCUUCAAGCUCUCGGUCAAGGACCCAUCACAGAUGCCUCCUCGGUGCUGCACGUCGGACUGUAUUCCGCUGAAGCACGUCAACGACCUAUUCGACAACGACUUCAAGCAGACAUGGAACCAGAAGUUCCGCGAGUUUUCCACCCAGAACCGCGUCUACUGUCCGGGCAAGAAGUGCGGGCAAUGGAUCACGCCCGACCAGAUCCAUCGACAUGCAAACGGUCGGAAUAUGGGCAAGUGCGGCAACUGCAAGACCCGAGUCUGCUGCGACUGCAACAAUAGAUGGCACGGCUCCGGCCCGUGUCCCGUGGACGAAGAGAUGAACCAAUUCUUGCAGCAAGCCAAGGAGGAGGGAUGGCAGCGCUGUUUUAGGUGCAAGAAUAUGGUUGAGUUAAAGGAAGGUUGUAACCACAUGACUUGCCGUUGUGGUGCCGAGUUUUGUAUGAUAUGUGGGCUAAAAUGGAAGACUUGUGAAUGCCCCUGGUUUAACUACGACGGCGCAGAGAUAGAUCACCUCGACCAUAUGCAGAUCCCGGAACCUGUUAUAGACCGCGAGAGACUCAAUCUCAGGAGUGCCCCGCCAAUGGCACCAGGCAUGGAUGCUAGGCGACGCUCGCCUGGCAACGGAUUACGAACACGACCGAGUCCCUUCGAGGAUGAGAGGCUUCUCAGACGCUUUCAACAGGAACAACAGGACGAGGAGCUUGCACGACGACUUCAGUACGAGGAUACGGAAGAUGAUUAUAUGGAACCGGAAGAUAUUGGAGGUCAUCCAGGCCCCUUCGUACGUGAUAAAUACAGACGCCGAGCGCAAACCGUGGUGGCGCCACCAGCACCCGCUCCACCACCAGUAGCACCGUUCGAUAGAGCAAAUUCGGUAAUUGGGGACUACGUUACAGGAGUAAAUAGGGCACGCGGUGUCGGUCCUCGUGCUAACUCGAUGGAACGCCGUCUCGCGGACCGGUUCGAACAGCGUCAAAACAACAGCCCAACUCAUCAUUCCUUUGGAAUUUCUAUACCUCCUCCCCCCGCUCCCCCGCGAGCCAUGGGUCCGCCUCCUAUCCCUCAAGUUCCCCUGGGGCAAACUCCAAUGUUGUCUCGGAGACAUACCGUAGACGAUGAUUUAUACGAUGGUCCACGAGCUAAUCGAAUCCCGGAACGGAUGCUCCCGAGAAGAGCCUCGACCCGCGGUUAUGUUGAUGAGCCCGCUUUUUAUGAUUCAGCUCCCCGAGUGCGGCGACGAGAUCGAGCGGCUUCGACAUCGCCCAAAGAUUCUGUCCUUGCCGGACUCACCGGUCCCGGACGCGGGAUGCAUCGUGUGUACGAGUGGGUGAAUCACAUCGACAGCACCGAUCCCCUCGCUACAUAAAUUCAAAUCACAAUGUUAAGUACACCUUACAGAUGAGUUUAAUUAUCUAACGCCUGAGCUCAUAUCGGAAUCCCCACCUAUGUUUUGACGAUGUUCACGAUGCGAAUGACGCGGUUGACGAGGUUUUCAUUCACGAAGAAUCUUCCCCUUUUAACGCAAGUUGUAUCACCAUGAGCAUGAUCAUCUACAUUUACAUCUACGAUCUACAGCAAUAUCUACGUUUUAUUCAGCCAGCAGCAUUAUUCGCGAGCCAAAUUCUCGAUCCGGCCGGCUUAUUCGUUCGAGCAAAUAUUUACUGGAUACGGUUCAAAGUCUCAGGACAAACAAUGUAUUUCAUAUUCGGCUUUUUUUUAUUUUUAUUUUUCGGGAACACACACACACACAAACACACAUCUGGGAAACAGAAGGAGUUUUUACGGGAUCCAAAUCCAUCGUUAUUAUUAUCAUCCCUAUCCGAGGAUUUCUACAGGCAUUCUAUAAGGGGAACAGAACUGUCGCUUUUUCUUUCUUCCUGUUCAGGUCAUGUCAUGUCCAUCCAACAUAGAAAAAAAA